AUGCGCCUUCCUAGUUUAGCAGGCCUUAGCUUGACCGCCUCAGUCGCGAGUGCGACACUUCAGAUCGUCCCUGGUGCAACCUGGACAGCAACAAACACAGGUCAGCACAUUCAGGCUCACGGCGCCGGCAUCAUCAAGGAUGGAGGAAAGUGGUAUUGGGUUGGCGAAGAUAAAACCAACGGAACAGCUUUCACAAACAUCAACUGCUACUCGUCCACUAACCUCGUCGAAUGGAAUUAUGAGGGUGCACUAAUCUCUCGUACUGCAUCCGGCGACACAGGGCCCAAUCGUGUCAUCGAGAGACCAAAGGUUAUGCACAACAAGCAAACAGGCAAGUAUGUUCUAUGGAUGCACAUUGACAGCGCCGACUAUGGUGAGGCCAAGAUCGGUAUCGCUGUUGGAGACAGUGUCUGUGGAAAAUACACGUAUUUGCGAAGCGAGCGACCAUUGGGUUUCGAGAGCAGAGAUUCAGGCGUCUUCGUUGAUGACGACGGCAAGGGCUAUCUACUCACUGAAGAUCGCAGCAACGGCUUACGCAUCAACGCACUCUCCGAUGACUAUCUCAACAUUACUAAGAACGUCUAUGUCUGGAAAGAGAAAUAUGAGUCUCCAGCCGUCAUCAAACACGAGGGUGUAUAUUUCAUGUUCGCUUCGCAGCUCACCGGAUGGAACCCAAACGACAACUAUUAUAGUACAUCAACGGCCCUUUCGGGACCAUGGUCUUCGUGGAAAAAGUUUGCAGACUCAGGAUCAAACACGUACGCUUCUCAAACAACCUUUGUGUUGCCUGUUGGGAACGGAUACGUAUACAUGGGCGAUCGAUGGCAGAGUGAGAAUUUGAUGAGAAGCACAUACGUGUGGCUCCCACUUCAGAUCUCCGGGACUACCGCCAGCAUGAAGAACGCAGUCAACUGGAUUCUUGACCCCAACUCUGGGGCCACUACUCCCGGCCCCGAAGAAACCUCGUACGAAGGUGAAAGCGCAAACCUUGCUAACGGUGCUAAAUCUCUGACCUGCUCUUCCUGCUCAGGCUCCAAGGCAGCUGGGUACAUUGGCGGCACCACGUCCGGCUCUGCCACAUUUUCCAAUAUCCAGUCUUCAGCAACGACUCGCACGACGAUGAGGAUCAAGCAUCUCAACGGUGACAAGAGUCAAAGGUAUGCAAAUGUCAGCGUGAACGGGAAAACGCAGAAACUAGCAUUCCUGCCCCAUGGGGGAGGUGAUCCAGCCAGCUCGGUGAUACACGUCGAUUUGAAGCAGGGUACGAAUGAAGUCAAGAUCAGCGGUAUCGACGGAGGUUGGGGACCAGAUAUUGACAGGAUCUUCGUUCCAGUUAGGUGA